AAAUGAUAAACUAUCCAACCGUAUAAUAAUGAACAAACAAUUGGGAGGAUGCACAUUGAAGUAGAGGAUAAGAACGACUGAUGCGUCGUUUGACUUGAGGCUUAAGAGCUCCAAAUCAUGGCAUAGGAUCGAGGGGAUGCUUACACAGAUCUUCAACGGGCUUGGAAGAGUGGGGAGCUGUGGUCUAAUCACCACCCCGCUUUUCAGAGCCAUUGCUCCGGGAACUUUUGCAGCUCGUGACCAGGACAAGAUCACUUUACUUCUGGUGCUGGAGCACAAGAUUUAAUUUCGUCGACUGUGCUUUCCAAUCCAAAUUCAUUCGAGACAAGUUCAGAGGAAAGAGAAGCUCACCGUACCCGAUCCCCUAGGCAUGCACAGAAGUCAACCUUUCAGAUCCAUUAUCCAGAUCUAAACAACUUCAGUGCUCGAAAUAAUGGCAGAGGCUGUGAUUCUAUUGGCUGUGAAGAAAAUCAGCAUUGCUCUUGGAAAUGAAGCAAUCAGUCAAGCUAGUUCUCGAUUCACAAACUUUGUAACACAGAUUGCAGAACUCCAUGGUAGCAUGACCCGUAUAAGUCGUGAGCUAAGGUUCAUUCAUGGAUUUCUUUGUAAAAUGGAUGUACGCAAUCGGAAUGACCAGGCCUAUGAAAUUUGGGUCGAAGAAACACGAAAGCUUGCACAUGGGAUUGAGGACAUUGUAGAUGAGUAUCUACACCUUGUACGGAAUGGUCAUGAUAUCGGAUGGACCUUUUAUAUAACAGAAGGAUUCAAGAAACCAAAAGUUUUGCUUUCUCUAAAUAGGAUAAUCUCCUUGAUAAAGGAAGCAGAGGCCAGUCUUGUCCACCUAUUUCAGGUAAAAGAGCGAUGGGUUCCGAUGGCAAACGCUGGGCAAUCCAAUGACUCUGGCUACAUUGUUGAGAGAUCUCAAUAUUUAGCAAGUGCUUCUCGUUCUAUUAGUGGAGAUCUUGUGGGUAUUGAGCAAAACAAAGAAACAUUAUUGAAUUGGCUAAGAAAUGAUGGGAUGGCAUUGUCAACAAUAGUACUGCAUGGCAUGGGAGGGCUCGGCAAGACUGCUUUAGCCGCAAAUGUGUAUAAAGAGGAGCGAGAAUAUUAUGACUGUCAUGCAUGGAUCUCUGUCUCUCAAACAAACUCUCCAGUAGUGAUAUUAAGAAAACUACUUGUUGAACUUUUUCAGGGCGAGGAAAAUCUCCCAAGCAAGCUUGCAACUAUGGACAUGAUCGGUAUUCAGGAGGCGUUGAGGGAAUUUCUGAAGGAAAAGAAAUAUUUGAUAGUAUUGGAUGAUGUUUGGACAUCAGAAGCACUCAAUUAUCUGUCAGGAGCACUUGUUCAAAAUCUUAAAGGAAGCAGAGUCAUUAUUACAACACGAAUUGCUAAUGUAGCUAUGCUUGCUUCCAAAGAACGUGUCCUAACAAUAGAUUGUUUGUCAGAAGCCAAGUCGUGGGAGCUUUUCUGUAAGAAAGCUUUCCAGAGGGAGACAGAUCAUGACUGCCCCACCGAUUUGAAGGCUGUGUCAGAGAAAAUAGUAAUGAAAUGUAAAGGCUUGCCUCUCGCGAUUGUGUCUGUGGGAAGUCUCUUGUCUGUGCGUGAGAAGAAUCUUGCAGAAUGGAAGCGAAUUAACAACCAACUCAGUUGGGAGAUGACUAAUAACCCAGGACUAGAUGAUGUGAGGAAUAUUCUAUAUUUGAGCUUCAUAUACCUUCCCACAUACCUGAAGAGUUGUUUUUUAUAUUGUACCAUGUUUCCAGAGGACUACUCUCUUCGUAGGAAGGUUCUUAUAAGACUAUGGAUUGCAGAGGGGUUCAUUGAGGAAAGGGGUGAAAGUACAUUGGAAGAAGUGGCAGAAGGCUAUUUAGUGGAGCUUGUCCACAGGAAUAUGCUGCAGAUUUUAGAAUGCAACUCAUUUGGUAGGAUAAGAUCUUGCAAAAUGCAUGACAUCGUCCGUGAACUGGCUAUUGAUUUAUCACGGAAAGAAAGUUUUGGUAUUGCAUUUCAGUAUCAAAAUCACGGUGUUCUAGACAAAGACACUCGUCGAUUGGCUAUAGUCAAAAGUAGCAAUGAUAUUUUAUCAAGUAUAAAUCUACCUCAUCUUCGAUCUUGCAAAAUAUUUGAUGAGACCAUGCCAUCAUCCAGAAUACUUCAUUCACUAUCAGCUAAGUCAAAGUACAUUGCAGUUCUGGAAUUACGUGGGUUGCCCAUUGAAAAAGUGCCAGACGCUGUUGGAUGCCUUUUCAAUCUACGCUAUUUUGGUCUGCGCCAUUCAAAGGUGAAAUUCCUCCCGAAGUCUAUUGAGAAACUCUCCAACUUAGAGACACUGGAUGUCCUCAAUUCCUACAUACAAGAGUUGCCACCUGGAAUUGUCAAGUUGAAGAAUCUAAGGCACUUACUUGUAGAGAGAGUCAGUGAUCCAUCUUGGAGAGCUUUUAGAAGUCGCCAUGGUAUGCACAUCCCAAAGGGUCUACUGAAUUUAACAAAUUUGCAGACACUGCAUGCAAUUGAAGCGCAAGAUCAGUCUAUUAAAGACUUGGGGGCACUUUCACAGCUAAGAGCCUUGAGGGUAUGGAACAUCAAGGGUACCCAGUGUGAACGCCUCAGUGUUUCUCUACAUCGGUUGCAAUUUUUGUAUAACAUGCAUAUUGCUAUGUUUGAUGAGAAUGAGGUUCUUCGGUUGAAUAUGUUGAAUUCCCCACUUCCCAACCUUGAAAAACUUUGUCUCAGAGGGAAAUUGGAUGAGGGGACACUUGAGUCUUCUCUUUUCCAAACUGGGGACCAGAAAUUGCGUGCUCUGUAUCUUAUCUGGUCUCAAUUGAAAGAAGACCCCCUCCCUUGCAUAUCUCGGUUGCAUAAUCUAACACAACUGAACCUUACAAGGACAUGCAAUGGGGACAAAUUAAUUUUCAGGAGUGGGUGGUUUCCAAAUUUGAAGUUUCUCUUAGUGCGGGACUUGCCUAAUCUACUUCAGUUAGUGAUACAAGAAGGUGCCAUGGAAAGUAUACAAACUCUGCAGCUAGCACACCUCAACAAGUUGAAGGAUGUCCCAGUUGGCAUUGAGCUUCUUACAUCCCUACAACGACUAAGUUUUCUCCAUGUUACUGAAGAUUUCCUAAUGUUGCUCAAUCAGUGUUCCAGGAUACAACACAUUCGCUGGUGGUAUUCUACACCCGACCAGCCGUUGUCAAGGAAAUGACUGAAAAGAUGGGUGCUCCUAUGGAUGAUGAUACGUCCGGCUGGUCAUAUUGUCUGCUCACUUGACCCAAAUUCGGUCUAGCUCAGUCCAAUCCAGAGGUCUCAUGGAAGCCCACCCUUAGAAAAUUAUCGCAAUCCUCACAUAAUGGGGUCUGAUCAAUUGUUCAGAUAAAUGAAGUGUUUGUUUAUUAUCUUAUCAAUGGUUUCAGACUCACCUCCAAAUUCAUUUAGAGUGUGAAAUCAUGUACAUAGUGAUAUGCAUAGUGAUAUGCAUGUACAUCAUGUGUGCUAAAAAAAUGGUUUAUAUUCAAAUUGUCAUUGCAUAGUGAUAUGCAUGUACUGCUUGACACGCUUUUGGUAGAAUGCUUGAAUUUGAUUGUGGUGGUUGCAUAUUGAUUGGAUAUUGAUUGGGAUACACUCGUGGUACUGUAAACGGUUUUGGGCCUACUGAUGUAAUACAUUCAUGUGAGUAGUGUUGCGUGGACUAA